AUGACUUCAUCUGGGGCAUCCGUACACCAAUUGCUGGCUCUGGGCCUAGUCCUGCUGGUCGUCCAAGUGCAGGCCGAGCACAUGCUGAAGCUGCACAGCCUGGAGAAGCUGCACGAGGAUGGGGAAGAUCUGCAGAGCGUCCUGCACAUAGCCGAGGAUGAGGAGAAUCUGCUGAAGGUCAGCGGUGAGCUGAAGCAGCAUGUGACCAUCGACGACGAAUGGCAGAUCCACUUUCUCAUCCACCGAGCAGAAGCGCUCGACGGGGAGUUUGAAGAGUUCCUAAAUCUGCCGCGCCUCGGCGUUUGCGACGCCAUGAAGACCUACUACAAGGAGUUCCUGUACGAGAAGCUCAAGGAACACUCGAAUGCACCGGAGCCGAACGCCUGUCCCCUGCCGCCGCAGCACUAUCACCUCAAGGACUAUCCGCUGGACGUGCAUCUGCUGAAGAAGCUGCUGACGCCCGGCUACUACCGCAUCGAGAGCAAACUCCUAAAGGGAGACCAGCUCAAGAUCUCCUAUCGUGCAGUCAUUCAAUUGGAGUGAUUUCAAUUGAAUUUAUUAUGCAAAUCAGUAUAGUUAUUCGUGAGAACGCA